UUUACCACAGUACAUUUUCCGUUGCCAACUCCGCCACCUCCGUCACUAUUUUCUGUACUCGUUUGUUUUUUGUAGGAAUUUUAUUUUUCAGACUAUUUAUACCAAGUGCCAAAGCAUUUGCCUCGUAAAUCGGUGUACCAACAGUGAUCAUGGCAUUGUGCAAUCCGUUCAGUGUUGCCACGGGAGAAUACAAGAACAGCCAGCCGUACUGCCCAGGGGAGCCACUAUUUCCAGCGUAUUCACACGCUGCGGAUAGUAGCACCAACAGCAGCAACAACAACUACAACAGCAACGUGGGUGGUCUUUCUGACUUCAGCUACAACUCCAUCACGACCACCCCCACCGAUGCAAGCAUUAGCACCACUGCUAUCAGCGCCGCCAGCACUCCGCUGUACGAAGCAGGGUCAGCUCGCCGUAAGCUGUUCAAAAAAACGCCCAAGCCACAGCAGCUCUCCAAGCUGGCCACUGUGCUGAAACCGUACAGCUCCGGUCUCGCACUGCACAAUGUACUCAGUCCAGCCAUGCCGGAGAUCACCGUCGCCAAGCAGCGGGAUCUUGAAUUCAAGGCGGAGAUCGUCGUCAAUGCCACCCGCUACGAAGCGGUUGGGCAGAACAAAAAGAUAGCGAAAGCUAAUGUGUCCGAGAUGGUGCUGCGUGACCUUUGUUUGCAACAUUUGUCGGCCCAGGGCGACGAGGAGCAGCAGCUUGACGAAGUCGAGCCAAACUCCUACGAAGCGUUGCUGAUGACGAAUGUGGCCUCGUUUGCCGUCCACAAACUGCUUGAGGAGUGGAACGCGAGCCUGUUGGCUGUGAACUGGCAGCCGACCAUUUCGAGCCCGUCGGCCGACGGCAUCAAGAUCCGGUCCCAGCUUCCACCGAAUCCGACCAGCUACGUUCCGACCUCGCUGCUGGUGUUCAUGGUGCCGCAGGUGAAGUUCGAGAAUGACGGAGAAACGAUCCUCGGGUCCACGGAUCAGAAGAUCUACAAGGCACGUGCACGGGUCGAUGGGCAGUGCUUUUUUGGCACGGGGUCGUCGAAAAAGUUGGCCCGCAUGGCGGCAGCACAGGACGCGUGCAAGACACUGUUCGGGGUUGAGUACUAGAAUUUGACGAAAUUAUUACCUCCGGAGGUAUUUGGAAGCGAAGUGGAAAGGAAGUGUUUUUUUAGUGUUAGAUACACUAUUCGCGUUCUCGUCUGGAUUACGAAUACGAACUACAGUGACGAAUAAUGUUUAUCGUUAGUUUUUACACCAAAUCCAAACUGAACUGAAAUUCAAUUUAAAUAAAACUUUACCAUCACGUAUGAAACGACAAGUGUAAAGAAGCUUCAACGAUUUCAGCACGCAAAGAAAGAUGCAUCAAAUCUGUUCAAACCCUCGGUUAUUUCAUGUGCUUACCAUUGCCUACCGACGAAAGUGAGUAACCUAGUAGCCUAGGGUAACAAAUUGUGCCCUGCAUAAACUAUCCUAUUGAGCAAUCCCUGCCAAUAUCAAGCUGCAUAGGGUAUGUGUAUGCCCUUCGUUCCACGUCCUCACGUCAAGGAUGGCGAGAAGCAUUUCAAUUUUCAUAUUUCCCUACCGUAUUAGCAUAAUAUUUCACUUGUUUGUCUACCAUUCGUACGUUGCGCAUGGAACGAAGAAGGGAGGAUACAACGAAAGGCGAAUCAUCUUCUUAGCCCGACGUGCUCCUCUGCCUGAGUGCAUUCGGAACAGACACACACGCACACACUAAACUAACCACACUAACCACUCUAAUCUGUGUUGCGUGUUGGGAGGAAAAUUGCGGCCGGAAAGAAUGCAUAGGACUUUUAGCGCUAGGAGAAAUUGAAGCACAUGCCGUAAGAAUUGGUGUAUACGGAGAAGAAGGCUUCCAAUGCUGGAAAGGAGCUUAUAGGUUCUUAAUAAAUCAGAAGCUUUAUUAACGCUUUACCAAUGAAUUGCACAUAAGCAUGAACCCGUGUGCAUGGCAAUGACGCGUGUUAACCAUUCGGCUACAUAGAGGUUUCGGUGGGUACCCAGCGACGUAAGCAAAUAACCAAAAAAAGUAACAUAAAUAGUAGUUUGAGAUUGAAUCGUAAGGUAUUUUUGGAGAAAUUUUAGGAAUAAAAUGUGCACACAUUAUCACAAAAGAUUAAAGAUGUUCAUCGAUGUACUACAUUAGUACUAACAAUUCGAGCUUAACCAGACUUUCGGAGGGAUCCAGCUCCUCCUGCUAAAGCUCUUGAAGCUCCAGAACAAUUCCAGACAUUCUUUAGUUUGAACAGGAGCCAAGGAUUUUUUAAUAACAAUGCCACCAAGCCAUUUUCCUACCUGUACUUGGGUCUACCAUGCCCCCACUGUCUUAGUAGAA